UGCUAACACGUAACCAAUUACGUGCUCACCCUAAACGAGCUGCUGAAUUAAUUCAUCCUUAUACUUCCUUUCUAACCACCACUCUUCCCGAGUCAACUUCAGUUCGAACAGCUCUUAAAUAUCCCGAAUGGACAAAUGCCAUGAAGGAAGAAUUGCGUGCUCUUCAUGAUAACAAAGCCUAGACACUAGCUCCCCGACCUGCUAACACUAAUGUGGUUGGUGCAAAAUGGGUCUUUUGAACCAAAAUAAAAGAAGAUGGAACACUAGAUCGCUACAAGGCCAGAUUGGUAGCGAAAGAAUUCUCUCAGAUAAAAGGAAUUGACUAUGAUGAAACAUUCAGUCCUGUUGUCAAAACCACCAUAAUUCGGCUUAUCUUAUCAAUUGAUGUGUCUUCAAAGUGGCAGGUUCGUCAAUUGGACGUCAAAAAUGCUUUCCUUCAUGGAGAGCUGAAGGAAAGAGUAUACAUGGAACAACCUCCUGGCUUCCUUCAUCCUUUAUUUCCUCAUCAUGUAUGUCUUCUUCACAAGUCCCUAAAAGGCCUCAAACAGGCCCCGCGAGCAUGGUUUGAACGGCUUUCCUCAAGUCUCUUAAAGAUUGGCUUCCUUUGUUCCAGUUCGGCUUUGAUCUCUCAUAUUAUACAGAAGCUAAGCUUGGAUUUUGCACUAAAAGAUUUAGGAAUUAUUCAUUAUUUCCUUGGUCUUGAAGCUAAGUUUUUCAACGGAGGCUUGUUUCUCUCUCAAUCCAAAUACACGUGUGAUCUUCUCCAACGUGCCAAUAUGUUACAUGCCCUUGCCAUCUCCACUCCAAUAGCUACAAAAAUCACUCCUUCCAUUGAUGAUGAUGACGCUGUUGAUGCAACCGAGUAUAGAAGUAUUGUAGAAGCACUCCAAUACUUAACCUUCACCAGGCCAGACAUCCAACAUGCUGUCAAUAGAGCUUGUCAACAUCUUCAUUCUCCAACCCGGUUGCAUUUGAAGGCUGUCAAACGGAUUUUAUGGUAUUUAAAAGGAAAAAUGAACUUUGGCCUUCGUUUCCUUGCACAAAGCCACAAUACACUAUCAGGAUGUUCUGAUGCUGAUUGGGCUGGUUGCCCACUUACAUGUCGAAGUACAACCGACUAUUGUGUCUUUUUUGGAGUGAAUUGCAUCUCUUGGUCAUCAAAGAAGCAGUCAACGAUGGCUCGGUCCAGUAUGAAGCAGAGUAUCGGGCUAUGACUACUGCCAUUGCUGAGCUUAUGUGGAUUACCUAUCUGUUGCGAGAUAUUGGAAUUUCAUACCAUAAACGGGUUCAAUUGUUUAGUGAUAAUCUCAGUGCCCUUUACAUGACAGUUAAACCCAGUUUUCCAUGUCCGCACAAAACAUAUAGAGAUUGAUUUCCAUUUUGUCCGAGAACAAGUUGCACGGGGUUCAUUGGUUACUCGCUAUUUGUCUUCUCCAAAUCAAAUUGCUGAUAUCUUCACCAAGCCGCUGCCUUUCCAUUCCUUUCAACACUUGCGCACCAAACUUGGAGUUCACAUUGCUCCACUCCUGCAUUUGAGGGGGCCUGAUAGACUACAAGCCAUUGUGGAUAAAGAAAACAGCAACCCGAUAAAGGAAAGAAUAACGUAGGUUUAAAUCAUUGGGAUUAUGUAUACCAAAUAAUUACUUCACAUAUCGUUUGUUUCCAUCCGGAUCAUAUAAUUCAGAUGGAAAUGAUAUGUCUAAUAUACAAAACCUAUAUGGAUUCAAAUCAUCCAAGUUAUGUAUGCCACAUGACUAUUUCAUAUUUCAUUCAUUAUCGCUCACAUAACAUAACCCAUAUGAAAUUGGAUACAUCCAGCAUAUAAAAUUUAGAUGGGUUCAAUCGUCCAAGUUACUACUUCAUAUAUUGUUUGUUUUCAUUCAGAUUAUAUAAUUCACAUAAAACAAGAUACAUUCGAUAUACAGAAUCUGGAUUUGUUCAA